UAUAAUACAUUUGUAAUGAUGAACUAUCAAUAUUGAAUGGUAAUUAUCUGUCUGAUAAAGAGGAUUUUAGAUAAGUAAUCAGUGGAUAUUUUUAUUUUGGCCAAUGGUUCAAACACGUUUUAGGCGUUGUGAAACAUGGACUACAAAGCCGGACUUCUGGUGUUCACCACCUUUCUGAUUGGAAGCUUUGCCUUUCCAACACCUGAAAAUGUUCUCUACGAAGAUGACGUUUCCAUCUUCUUUGACCAAACCGACGUCAACGCGCGUAUCGUCGGUGGUACUCCUGCAGCGGUUGGUGGUCACCCUCACAUGGUGGCAAUGACCUCUGGAGCGAUCGUAAGAAGUUUCCACUGUGGAGCAUCAUUAAUCUCCCAGCGUACUGUCCUCACUGCUGCCCACUGCAUUGAUGCUGUUUUUAGGGAAGGCGCCCUUCUUGACACAUUCCGUCUGAACAUCGGCUCCAAUCUCUGGAACGGUGGAACUGACUACGUUGUGGCUCGCAAUGUCACUCACCCGAACUGGUACAGGCCCACGAUCAAGGAAGACAUCGGUGUUCUCAUCACUGCCAUUGACGUAGCUCUUAGCAACCUGGUGCAACCUGUGCCUCUCACUUAUGAUUUCAUUGGUGGAGGAGUUUCAUCUAUAAUUGCUGGUUGGGGCAGAGUUAGGGCUGGUGGUGCCAUAUCCCGUCAACUGCUGGAGUUGAGAACCAGGACUCUUGACGGUGCUGACUGCAUGAUCCACGUCGCUCGUGCUAGCGUCGUCCUCAAUUCGUUUUCUGCUCCUCACAUUGACUCCCGAUUCGAAAUCUGUGCAUUGCACUCUCCUGGAUUCGGUACUUGCAAUGGUGACUCUGGCAGUGCCCUACGUCGUGCUCGCGAUGGUCAUCAGUUCGGUAUCGUCUCAUGGGGCUUCGCUUGUGCCCUGGGUGCCCCAGACAUGUACGUUAGGGUCAGCACUUACCAGAGCUGGUUGCGAUCCGUCAUCGUUUAGAAAUAAAACUU